CUCGGCUUUAGUGACACAUGUGAGCCGCAGCUUUUAAUCGAGAUUUACAGCAUUUUUCAGUCAGUUCAGGUGUGUGAAAAUGCAGCGAAGCAGCGGUCUGACUCAGCAGCUUUGGGAAAGAUGGAUGAUCCUGGUGCGCCGGAUCCAAGAUGACCCCAGGGCAGCACGCUUGAUGAGCACGAGAAUCGGCCAGUACCUCAGCUGCCACCCUUUCUCUGCUCUCACACUGCUGCUCUUUGGUGCCAUGGCUGCGUUGCCAGUUGGACUUUUCCUCACUUUUGCCUUAUUGACCAUCGUUAUCUCGGUAGUAGGUUUUGUUUUCUUUGAAGCGUUCCUGUUAUUUGUCGGAGGGUCGACUCUUCUGGCCGCCCUCACCGGCAUCGCCUUCUUCUCUUUCCUGGUUUCAGCCGUCAUUAAUUCUUUCUUCAUCACAAUUCCCAAUUUACUGAAGCGAUAUCCACCUCUGGCAAAGAAAGGUGUAAACCAGGAGAGGGAGGGUGAGAGUGAAACAGCGGGACUGAAGGCGAUGUAGCAGACUGCCUCGUCCUCUUUCUAACUUAAGUUGUGGCUCGACACUACUGACACUGGACGCUCUUGAUCCAGGGAUCUGAUCUGAAUGCACUGCAUGCUGGCUUGAGUCAACAAAAGCACAAAAAACGCAAUAAUGUUGGAUAAUCUUCAAUUUAUUUGCCAGGGUCAUUCUUCUUGUUUUUUCCAUUUUAGCGUGAUAACUCUUCGUGAGUUUUACCAUUUCAGCCUCAAGUAAGGCUUGUUAAACUAUCAGAAAAAAAGCUCCAGCUCAA